GCGGCCUUCAGUUGUGGUUAGGCCCUCAUUUUCAGGAAUUUUUGACUGUCGAUUUCCCCCCCAACAUGAAAGAUGAUCUGCUUAUAAUUCAACUUUAUUUUAUUGAGAAUAUUUAUAUUAAGUGUCUAGUGCAUUUAAUUCGUCAUGUUCUGAGCUAAAACCAAGAUUGUGGAAAGCUCUCCAGCUCUUCAAGUGUCUGAGCAAACAGUAAGCUUGUAUCCCGCUGCAGACGAUAGUUGUCCAUCAGAAGAGAGGGAUCUUCUUUAAUGGAUCUGGAAUCGAUCAAAGAAGUUUUGGGUUCUUUCUCCAAAUCAGAAUCACCAAAAAGAUUUCAACAGUUGAAGAGUAAUAAAGAUUUUGUGAAUGGAAUAUUUCAAAGCUUACCUAACCAGUAUACUCAUGAGCUGAUAGAUUCAGUUUAUAAAGGUCUAUUUGAGUUGUAUCAUGAAAUGGGAAAAGCAGGCAAACUGUUUGUUCUUCAGUUUGUUCCUGUUUUGAUUUGGAAUUAUCUGUCUGCAACAACAAGGAGAGAUAAUCAGGCUUAUGGCAGUCUAGAGGUUCUGUUGUUGGCUCUUUAUAAUGAUGAAGUUGUUAAUGAUGAUGGAGAGCAGAAUGUUAAGAAGUUUAGACUGCCAUCACUUUCAAGGCCUUCAAUUUACCACGAGCCCCAGCAGAGCUUUACAGCAUCUUCGACACUGACUGAGACAGCUCUGAGCCGACAUGAACAGAGUGAAACAAUUGUGAUAUUACCAGGUCCAGGAAAACCACAAAAUAAAAUCACAGCUACACAUAGGCUUUCUGUACUGAGUGUGAUUCUUCAUCAGUAUAAUGCAAACAUUGUCUAUUUGUCAGAUGCCUCUCAUUGCAGCUUUUGUAUCAUGGCUUUGAGACUGGCUAAAUGUGGCUUUUACAAACUCUGUCAGCGGGCAAAAGAGGAAUCAGGGUCAGCGUUUUCAAGUGAAGAAUUAUCAAGACUGGUAAACCAUCCCAGAAUAUCACUUAGCACAGAACUAAUUCAGGAGAUGAUAUAUGGGAUUUAUUUCCUGAUGUACAAUGGUCAAAGAACUCUGGCCACCAAGGCUCUGGAAGAUCUUCACUGGCGGGCUACACACAGCUUGUUUGCCCCAGCUCAUAUACUCACCAAUGCCAUCAAACAUUCUUUGGAACAAACUGGAGGCCUCCCGAGGGAUGGUCCCUUGGGGCUGGAAAUGUACCUGACAGACACACAGGACAACCAACAUAUCAGUAGUAAGACUGUGCCAUCAGUCAGUGGCACUAUAAUGGAGGCACCAGUGACUGAAAAGAUUUUGGCCUUGUCAACAAGUGGGAUGAACAUAACAAGCUACGGUGAUACAGCCUUUCCGAAAGAAAACGGAGGAGUUGAUGCCGAAGAAAUUGAAGUCCAAAUCAAUUCAAGGAAAGGGGGUUCUUCUUCAGACCAGACAGCAUCGCAAACGGCAAAGUCACAUAAGAAAGCUCACAGUCUUGGCCACUUUAAAAUCCCGGGAUUUAAGUCUACUAAAGAGCAUACUGAACUUCAACACAUACACGAAACGGUUUCUUUCGAAUCACCACGAGCUGCUUUGUCGGAUAUCAAUGUUCCUUCGGAAAAACCCGAUAGUGUCGAAGUCUUGGCAACCAGCUUCAGCGAAUCGGAUGUUUUUGACCACUAACUGUGAGAUUCGGAAAAGGCAUUUACCGUUAGCCUUGUUUUUAUGAAGAUAUUUUCGAUGAAAAUCAACUCAAUUUAGUUGAGUACCCGUUGAUAAAAAAAACGCAAAUGAGGUUGAGGCGCUGAAGGUGUUUUAGAACUGAACUGACGCCACAUCAUUUUCAGUCGUUGAGUUAGCUUUGACGAAUUCUUAUAAAGCGUAAAAUGUUGUCAAUUAAAAAGAGCCAUAUAUUUAUAAAGUAGGUGGAUGUACACAUUGACAGUUCUGUAAACGUUAUAUUAAAUCUCUCAGGAUAAAAGCAAGUUAAACAUUGAA